AUGUAUACACCGUUCAGCCUUACGGGCUAACAUAUGCGCGGUAAGCAGCGACUAUCGCACAUCAGCCUCGAAGGCUUGACUAUUCCUAGGCUGCAGUACAAAAGUAUUGUGCGAUCCACCUCUUUCUUGUUUCGACCCUCAGUGAAUGUUUUACCGCCAUAAGUCCUCAGCAUGAACACCAAGCCAGAAGCAAACACGUGGGCAGACACACCAUUCGCCCUCCUCAACAUUCCCGGUCAACCAAACGCGCCAGUAUGCGCAAAUGCAGGUGUUCUCGACGUCGCCAUCGAAAUGGCCAAUGUUCACAACCUCUUGCUCCGCGCUCUAAAUUCCAUACAUCACCAAUCGCCCUUCGUUCAACUCCCUGGCGACGUUGCAGAUCUUAUGCUGUACGUUACCGCAUGGGCCGAUACCGUGCACCACCAUCACUCCCUUGAAGAGACUAUGUUCUUUCCAAAGAUAGAGCAGAUUGCAAGGGAGGCAGGAAUAGAUGGCUGGGAAGGUAUAAUGGGAGGAAACGUGGACCAGCAUCAUGAGUUUGAGCCGAAGAUUGCAGGCCUGGUGAAGUGGGCCGAAGAAGUCGUGGCUGGAGAGAAGACGUAUGACGCGGCGAAACUGAAGAGCCUGAUCGAUGAAUUCGCACCUGUCCUCACCCAGCAUCUACACGACGAGAUCGAUACUUUGAUACAACUCGAUAAGUGUGAUGGGGAGAAGAUCAAGCAAGCGAUGAAAGAAGUAGCCGACGAAGGAGCAAAGACUGCUGAUCCGAAUCUCGUCAUCCCGUUGGUACUUGGCUGUGUCGACAGAAGCUACCCUGGUAGUGGAGCCUUUCCACCUGUACCGUUCUUCAUCCCAUAUCUGAACGCGUAUUGGUUCACAAGAAAGCACAAGGGGGCAUGGAGGUUCAACCCAAGCGAUCACUGGGGCAAUCCAAGGCCGCUGCAGUUUCUGUCAUGACCAUUGCGAGAGGUCUAGAUAAAGUCAGGAAACUGACAUAGCAUGGCGGUCGCCGAAGCUUGCAUGUAUUCAGAGGUUUUCUGUGUGACGAAUGAAGCCUGCUGGUGCUCAUGUAGCUUCUAUAGUGGUAAUUUACCUCAAUGGUAGAGACUCAGGCACGCCUUGUAUACCUUUGUGCUUCCUUCCAUCCGACUACAUUGAUUCACUCUACGCGAUAUAUGCAUUGGGGUAUUUUGACGCCGCUACACUUGCCUCGGUAGAUUAUAUCAGUCGGAUAUGUUCACAUCGAAGCCGCUGUGAGGCGCAUCAAGGCAGCCUUACCACCAGGAAAUUAAGCAACUUAACUGUGGAAAGCCUUGUCACGUGUCGAAUGUAUGCCUUGGCUUUAGUGUAUCGCAACCAUGGUUCUCUGUAAAAUCUCACCUCAACAACCAAAGUACACCACAAUCAUGUGCUGCUGAUACUUAGAGGGAUGUAAUAAAACUUCG